GCAGGCUGGGAGGGCAAGCUGCGUGCGCGGGGCGCGCUGGCCACAGCCCCUUACCUUGCACUUGUACCCGAGGGCAGCUCGGCGCCGGGCUCGGGGGCGGUGGGAGGACUCGAGCUUUCCUUUCACUUUCUCAGGUCGCCAAACCCGACACCUGGGGACUGAACCAGACCUCCCACCACGCCCGCCCGGCAGGAGGAAGGCAGGCGCGCAGGGCGGGGAAAGAAAACGAGAAUCAAGUCAACAUUACCUGCCGGCGGAGGUGAGCGAGCCAGCCAGGUAAGCGACAGGUGCAUUCUAGGGCAGGAGCCAUGCAGUUCUCUAGUUCCUCCAGGGGAGCAGAUGAGAAUUUUGACUAUUUGUUCAAGAUCAUCCUCAUUGGGGAUUCCAAUGUGGGGAAGACGUGUGUGGUGCAGCAUUUCAAAUCUGGGGUCUACACAGAGACACAGCAGAACACGAUUGGGGUGGACUUCACUGUGCGCUCCCUUGAGAUCGAUGGCAAGAAAGUGAAGAUGCAGGUGUGGGACACGGCGGGCCAGGAGCGUUUCCGGACCAUCACUCAGAGCUAUUACCGCAGUGCCCACGCCGCCAUCAUCGCCUACGACCUCACCCGACGGUCCACCUUCGAGUCUGUGCCUCACUGGAUCCACGAGAUAGAAAAAUACGGAGCGGCGAACUUGGUCAUUAUGCUGAUUGGGAAUAAGUGUGACCUGUGGGAGAAACGGCAUGUCCUGUUUGAGGAUGCCUGCACCCUGGCUGAGAAGUACGGCCUUCUUGCUGUUUUAGAAACAUCUGCCAAGGAGUCUAAGAACAUAGACGAGGUCUUCAUGCUGAUGGCCAGGGAGCUGAUCGCCCGCAACAGCCUGCACUUAUUUGGGGAGAGCCCUGUGAACAGCCUGGCCCUGGAUUCUAGGCCAAUCCUUGUGGCCCAGGAUCCGAGGGAAAAGACCCACUGCUCGUGCUGAAAUGUGCACGAGGCCAGCCGCAGCCAGGAGAUGCCACGUUGGACAUGGAAAGUAGCCGGAUACCCUGUCGUCGGCCACGCAGCAUCUCAAACCAAAGCAGACUUGCCGCUGGUCCUUAACCCUUCCCACCCAGAUGGGGACCACUGUGCCUGGGUUCACACCCCAGGCCAGACCUGCUGCCUCUGCGCAAAGCCACACCACUGUUUUCUCUUGGCUCUGCUUUGGACUUGAAGGCAGGGGUGGGUAGGAAGACAAGGUCUGCUCUUCCUUAUACUUCCAUUUUGUCUCCCCAACCCUUCCAACCAUUUCCUACUGAAUUCUGCUUCUUGCUUGAAGGUAGUGAAGAAUAAAGGAGGGAUAUCAAGAGAGGGGAGAGAUGUUUAGAACAUUCCAGAGCGGUUUUAAAUAGCUGGGGUGCAGAGGAGGGUGUGUGUAGAGGGAGCCUGACGUGGAAAAUCAGAAUGCUGUUCAACUUUUGCUUCCUGAAGUUCACACCUCAGGGCUUUAGUUUGAGGAGCAAAGCCUUGACAUCAAGACCAUCAAUAUUGUCUAGCCGAAGGGUCAGGAGCCAUGAGAUGGAGACCAAACUGAUCUCACUCUACCCUAGUGGGGCUGAUGUGCCCACCCUCCUAGAAUGUGGGAGAUGCGGACAAUUUCCUUCUACAGUACCUGUUAGACGAAAACUCACUUCUGAAUUGAAAUCCAGUUGAGUCCUAGAUGAAUGUCAAGCCAAUACUGGCCUUGCUGAGUGCCCCCCUCCUUGCGGGCUAUGUAUAGAACCUGUGAAUAAACAACAUUGUUUUUCAAA